AUGUUCGCGAGGAAAACACAUCUUUGUAUCCAUCAAACUGAACUCGACAUCAUAGUCCUCGCUCGGUUGAAACUGACGCGGGCCACUGAACCUGUGACACCCGAUAGUCAGCCCGAAAACGGCGAGGCUGUGACGCGGAAAGAGCUCAACUAUCAGUCAAGAGCUCAAUCCUCACUCAGCCGAACCGAGGGGACCAGCUUCCUAAUCUGGGACGUGGGCGGCCAGGAGAAGAUCAGGCCCCUCUGGCGGUCCUACACCCGGUGCACGGACGGGAUCGUGUUCGUGGUGGACUCCGUCGACAUGGAGAGGCUGGAAGAAGCCAGGUGUGAACUGCACAAGACGGCAAGGCUUCCUGAGAACACACAGGUCCCGAUCUUGGUGUUAGCAAACAAGCAAGACUUGCCAGGUGCUCGAGAACCCACAGAGAUAGAGCGAUUACUGGGACUGGCAGAACUUGCCAAUACACAUCUAUGGCACAUACAGCCAGCGUGUGCAAUCACAGGAGAAGGAUUAGACGAAGCUCUGGAGAACCUCUACGAGAUGAUCCACAAACAGAGGCGUAUUUCUAAAACUAACAAGAAGAAGCCCAGAUGAUCAUCAACCUCCGACUAGUUGGCUGCCUCUGCCAGCUGUCGGAACUCUUGCUGCUGGAGUUGUUGGCCCGCUAGCUGGUGGAGACAAGAGGUGGAAGUGACACAGGUGUGAAAAGGACCAUCUGUGGGGGAUUAAGAUCAUCCUUUGGUGUGGUAUUUCAAGUGCACGAUCCUUGGAGCCUUGAGCAGAAGUGACUGAUGGCUUCGAUCCUUGGAGCCUUGAGGAGAAGUGACUGAUAGCUCCGAUCCGUGGAGCCUUGGGGAGAAGUGACAGAUGGCUUCGAUCCUUGGAGCCUUGAGAAGUGACUGAUGGCUUUGAUCCUUGGAACCUUGAGAAGUGACUGAUGGCUUCAAUCUUUGUAGCCUUGAAAAGUGACUGAUGGCUUCGAUCCUUAGAGCCUUGAGGAGAAGUGACUGAUGGCUUCGAUCCUUAGAGCCUUGAGGAGAAGUGACUGAUGGCUUCAGAACAGGGUCAGCUCAGGAAUACCAUACAGGAUGUUGUUUCCCCUUAUCUGGCUGCUGACUGGACCCAAGAAAUUCUAGAGAUAUGGCUGAGGGCUGCUGCUUUCUUGACCAAAACCCCAGGGAUAACUUGUUAAGGUGAUGAAGCUGGCUACUCCCCCAGUGCGAAGAAACAUAAUAAAAUCACUGAAAGGAAUUGUUGUUGGGAUUUUCAGAACUCGACAUGAGUCUUGACAUUUCCUGUGUGGCUCUUUUCGUGUAAAAUUUUGAAUAUGUGUUGUUCAUCGUGUGUUUUCAAGUAAAAUAUGGCAAUAUGGUUGAAUGCCAGGUUCUGGUGGGUAACGAGUGACUAAGCUGAAAUCAUUCUGGUUCUAGAGGACAUAAGCAAUGUGCUUCAAAAAGUCUGUGUAUUUUCUGUUCAACUGAACUCCAGACACAUGAAAUCUCAUAAUGCCUUAGAAACAACGUCUUUCAGGCAUGGAGCGACACUUUUCAAAACUCUCAUCUUGCAAUAAAAGCUUUAACGAUAUCCAGUGAAAUGUGUCUUAACUUGAAUUUACAUUUAAGUGUUCCUGUGCCGAUUGGUACAGAGAUGCAUCCCACGACAACCUGCUAAAACACUGUGUACCACAAUAACCCUUCAGUCCUUGAACCCAAUUCAAAAUUGGGCUCAAGUCAAAAGUGGCCUUCUUAGAGAACUAGUCCUGUCAUCUGGUAUAUAUAUCAUGUUUAAGGACUUCCUUCCAGGCCUGAGAUGGACGAAGCAUUGCAAAAUGAGGUGUUUAGUCUUGAUCCUUAGGAAAGUUUCACUGUGCCAGGUAACGCUGGUGCCAGGAUGCAACGAAGAAACAGGAACAUGAUGUUCUGCUGUUGCCCGUCUGCGAAUGGACACUACAGUGAAACUGCAGUCUAUGACGAGUGAUGUUUCAUGAUGUAGAAACUUUGUGAAGAAACGCCUGGCUGCUGCUGCAUCCUGGGAAUCAAAGGUAUCAAGAAUAAUGCGAUUGGAAAGUGACGCAAACAAGAAAUCGUCCAUUGAUCUAAAUGACAGAUUUCAUUCGUAGUUUUAAGAAUGGUAGAAGCAGCUAUACAGUUUUUUUCUGAAUGGUAUCUUUGUCGAUUACAUUUCCUUGUAGGAAAGUCUCAAACCUUCCUUCCGACUUGUUUAAGGGUGAAUUAACACUGGGCUUCACCCCACGGUGCAUAUGUAAGACUCAUCACCAACUCCUCCCAAAUUUUUGUUAGCCCUGCCUACUGGACUGCUCAUUAGAGUGUGUUAGUGGUGUGGCGUGACUCUUGAUGAGCAGUCCAGUAGGUGGGGCUAACAAGAAUUUGGGAGGAGUUGGUGAUGAGUCUUACGUGUGCCGUGUGGGGUGAAGCCUAGUGUAAACUCACCUUAACAGUUCUGUACAUUAGACAAAACGAGGGUGAUUUUGUUUCGGUUUCAUUUGUAAAUUUUAAAGUUAUUCUCCUUGAAAAGAAAAAUAUUGAAAAGAAAGUGGAUUUCACAAAGAGAACUUGUAAUUAUAUGUACUUAAUUUCUACUCAAUUUUUCAAGCAAGUAUUGAAAUUGUUAGAUGUUUCAAAGAUUAUUCACGAAAACUAACUAUUGCCUCAUACGACGGACAACCCUGCUUACAGUUUCAUGCUAUCUAAGCCGAUUCCAAAUUGUUUUGUAUGACGAAUGGGUAUUCAAGAACACUAUCUCAGUUAGCUAGGACUGUUGAUGAGAUAUGAUUACCAAUGACAAAACACUAAUUUCCCUUGCAAGUUUUUAGUAAAGAGAUGAAGAACCCAAUCUAAAUAGGAAGCGCUCAAUCAGGGACCACACAAGGGACAAUAAUGCCCGAUAGAUUCCACCCCAGACAUGGAGUCCUACUGAAUGAAGUAAACACCACAAAUUGCAAUAGCCAUUUGUGGUGACGGCUAUUGGAGUCACUCCACCUAAUGACCAACAAUAUUACUAUUAACGGACGAAUUGCACAAAUAUAAUAAGCUCGAGUAAGUUCACAAUCAACAGGUAAAACAUAUCUCACAUUUUGCUGUAGAGAAUUUUCUGGACACUCUCUGGUGUUGUUGACAAUACUCCUAUUAUUGUAAGGCGCUCAAAAACAAAAAAAAGCAUUAGCUACAGAACUUCUCUCAUGGCAAAAGGGGGUUGGUAUCAAGUGUGUGAAUAAGUCACCGUAUUUACUCCAAGAAAAUGAAAUAUUUUUACACUAACCAGUAGUCAGCAGUCUACUGAGACAACAGUGAGAAGUUUCCACUUUUAUUGUCAGUGUAGUUGUGCUGUUUCUCGCAUAAUAUUCCCUAGAAGGGAGACAGUCAAUAGAUUAACAUAAAACACUGCUAUUUAGCGGUGAUACUUAUUCUAACUCUUACAUGUACAAAGAGAACAGAAGACAUUUUUCUAGUCAUAUAUUUAGUCAGAGAUGAAGGAUGUAGAUGGCUACUCAAUUCCCUGAGGUGGAGUAGUUUUAUUCUAGCGGUAUCUACUUAUUGUAUAUUCUAUAAUAAAAACAAACAUGUACAGCUAAGCUAUGGCAUCCAUCAGUUAAGAAAAGAUGUGAGUGUAUAAAUCAUUAACUGUUAUUUAAGAUUUUAGGAUCAUCAGUGUCAAAUUCCUUGUUCACGUCGUCCUCGCCUACAGCUAUACAGGAAACUGUUGUAUCAUAUAAUUAUUUACCGAUCUAUUUAUUGACUUACUGACUUAUUAUAAGGCCAAAAAACUCUCUUUAAUGGAAUGCAUGUCGGUAAAUCAGUCCGUGAAAUUAAUUUAUCUUAUGAGCACUGCGUUUCACCUUGGUUACUUUGGGCAUACAGAACUGUGCAUUAAUCACAUUUGCAUUCGUGAUAAACACCUAUGUGAUAAAAAAAAUUAAUGAUAUAUAUGUUUCAUGAUCUAUAUUUAUACAGUGGUUGUUCUAUACAAGAUAUGUUAUAUCGUUUACGAAGAAAUAAUAGCAUUUUAUAGCGACAUAUUGCAGCAGGCAUAUCCAUAUAGAAAAUACAUAAUGUUGUCCAUAGACAAUAAUGUUGUUACUUUUGACUGGCAGAAUUUUAUCACCAAAUUCGUUCUUAAUCUAAGAGUUUAGCAGAUUGUGGCUUUAGACACAAAUUGUUUUCAGUAACAUGUUAAAAAAAAGAAAUCGCUGGAAGUUGUGCUUCGCGUUGUUACUCAGACCAUUGCUGCAGAUUCCCAAAAUGUCCUCCACCUUUACCAAUGUUAUGAGCAGUCCAGAAUAAAAUUCAUGAAUUGCCACAGAAGAAAGUUAGCUUAACUGCAUUUAGAUGCUGAAAUCAGCAAACUGCAUUGAAGAAAACGAGCUCUACAUUGUCAGUGCAAUAACGGAAUUCAGCAACAAGAUUCUCUGCUUGUGAUGCCUUCAAUGAAGGACAUCUAAAAUGAGAGCAGAAACCUCCAACAUUAAUACCGAGACUGACCUCACUGACUGACGUUUUCCACUACUAAACACCUCACUGAGACUCAGACUAUACCUUGGCCAUCCCCGCAUAAAAAGCUGACAUAGGAUACAGCAUAACUUAAUCAUCACUACAUAGAUUGACCCUAGUCAUCCUUCCACGACUGAAGACUGUCUCAGGCAACCUUUAUUAAACUCACCGAGAUGCAGGACCUCGACCAACACUACGGAAAUCGAUCAGUUUCAGACUGGCCUCGUUAUCAUAACACAGCAUAUCGAAUUUCUGACUGGCCUUGAUAAUUACAAUGCUCAUCCAUAGUCAGACCAACGUUGACGAUUUUGCUCUAUAAUUUGCCAGACUCAAACUGAAGUUGAUCAGCACUAAAUGGAAUGGAAUAUAGAGUUCAGGCCAAAGGCCAAGCACUGGGACCCAUGAAGUCAUUCAGCACUGGGCAGGAAAUUGAGAGUAGUAGAGGUUUGAAAGGUCUAACAGGAGGAAAAAUUAUAGAAUGGAGUGGCCUCUUUUCCAUGGUAUCAACUUACAUCCAGGUCAUGAAACAAAGAGAUGUAAUGUACACAGGAAUGGUCUGGGUGACGGUGACCGAACGAAGCCGCAGCUUUCACGGAUUUCUUUCGCACUUAGGAAACGUAGAUGUGUGGCAUAAGCUUCCACUGAGAUGUGUAGAAGCUGUAGAUGACGUAGGAAGAAUAAAUGUUAUUUGAUAUAUUUGAGAUGCUGUACAGUUUCCGGGAGAAUCUAACCGGCUGGUUGUCGAUGUUCGACGGGAGUUCGUACUUUUAAAAUGAAUAUACUGAGAAAUAGAUCACCACAAGUUGGCUGAACAUCAUCACUUGAAUUGGAGACAGAACGUAGGAGCUGUCAGAUUUAUUUUUUAGCUGUAUAGUCACUCAUAUAAGUUCAUGAAUGUCUCCGGGCAUAAAGCUGAAUUCCAUCCAACCCCUUUCUGGACAAGGGGUCUGUAUAGUGACGUAAGACAGGCAGACAGCGAAACUUUCUACAGCAGUUAGGUACUUGAACACUUUGGCCAGUUUCAUACUCCCAGACACCUGUCAUCCAGAAAGGGGUGAAAUGGAAAUCUCUCUCAAACACCCGGACAUCCAUGAACUUAUAUGGGUGACUGUACCACCAUCUUAUCUACAAAAUCAAUGGUUAGCCUCAUGGCUAUACUAAAGUUGCUGGGCAAUUCCGAUGCGUCAAAUUUAGUCAUGUGAAAAUGCCUAUUUGUACAAACUCAAAGAGAAACUAUUAUAUUAAAUCAGGAUCGAUAAAUGAGAAUACUUCAUCUGUUAUAUAUGUUUAUACAUUAAAUUUACCAGUUUUUUUUUUUUAUAAAUCUUGCUGUGUGAUCAUAUGGCAAAAUCGCUUUGAUUUUUCCAUUAUGCAUCUAUACACUGACUUAUUUUUUCACAAGUUAACUCAUUUCUCUCUAGCUAUGGAUCAACAAUGAGAAAAUACUCAUUUUAAACACAGAUUUCUAUAUGAGCAAAUCAUGUAAUGUGAUGUAUAACCAAAAUUCAACUGGGACUUCCGGCUGAUCAUUUAAUUGCUAUAUUCAGUUUUUGCUGCAAACUCAUGACAUUCUAGUUGAAAUUUAAGAUUUCAAUUUUCUUCCUUGAACGUCUCUUACAAAAUACUCAUUUUAGAACUGAUAUUUACCCUAAAAAGGAAUGACAGAAUGGCAUGAUCAAGUAUCAUUACCAUUAGAGCCGGAAGUAUCUUGAGAGAUAAAUAAAAAAAAGUUUUUCAGUUUUCAAUUACUGGUUGUCUUUCUUUUUCUCAUAAUCCCAGACUCUGAGUUGUUAUAAUAAUGUUAGAGAGUCUCUUUUUGACCUGGCUACAGCAGUGGCAGAAUAUGCAAUGCUAAAGAACUUUGGAGAAUUUUGGAUAAUACUGAUGCUUAACACUGUAAAAUAACAUGAUUUUCAACCUACCACCCUUAAUUUUUUCGUGGUAUGUAAUGCAAGUUUAUAUUCGUUAUUACUUUAAUAACAGCAAUCCUUGUGGUGUAAUAACUAAUACCAGCUGGAGAAUAAUAUAUUGAAGGUUUUGUGAGAAAACUGCUUUCCUUGUGACGUAAGAGACGGAAUCUCAAGGUCUUCGGGUGAAUUCGCCUACUGAUAAAGCUAAGGCAUUUGUCAGACACUUCAGAUGAAAAUAUAUUACACUUGAUAAUGAUGUUGCCAUGUAUAUUUCUCGUAUUUUCACUGUGAUAUGUUAUUUAGAUGUGACGGGUCUUAUUAUCACUACUCUUUCGUUGGAGUUGCUAAUGAAACUCCGGGUCAGUCCGUCUUGUUUUCAUUCGUACUCAGUACUGAAUUAAGAUAUUCUCUGACCUGGGGAAGACAACUCCCUCUGUGCUGACUCUGUGAUUGGUCAGGGCUUCCCGUCAUUAACCAAUGAGAGUCGCAGUUGUAGUAGAAAUGUUGCCAAGUGAUAAAUAUUAUUUUGUGGAGGACUGCAAUUCUUCUUUUCUCCUCGGCCGUUUUUACUGUUAUUUGCUAAGCUUAGUCAAUAGUCACAUAAGGCUGAAAGUGUGUGUGUUUGUGAGUCUGUGUGUUUGCAGCAGAACCAAUUUAGGCUGUUCCAGCUGUAGGUUUCCAGGAGGCGCACUUUCCAGAGGACGGCUAAUGUGUACCAUCCAAAACUGGAAUGAGCAGGUGUUAGGUGACAAACGGUGAAUUCAUUUUAAACGUUU